AUGAGAAGUGACGAAAGAGAGUGGACUUCAUUUCUUAAUUCACGCCGGGGGCUUUUUGUAUCUGGGGUUUCUGGAAUAUUUACGUCUAGUGCGGAGGACAAGGCCUUAAAGGUGGAGUUUGAAGCAACUGUGAGAAUGCACCCAACACAUCUUCCGUUAGGUUUUGACGUAGAGGCACUGAAAACAGAAAGGCACCGACUGCAGAAUAUCAAGAAGCAACAGGCAAUUACAAAAGUAGUUAGAGAGUAUGCGGAUAGGAAUGGCGUGCCAUAUGAAGAGAUUGAGAAAGAUCCGAAGGCAUACUUGGAAGUUCGAAGAGAAGAAAGUGAUGCGUUCAGUACGCUGCUGCACAUUAAAAAGAUAGGCUUGUACCAUGAGCAGAUGGUUCUUAGACGGAAUGUAUACAAAGGGAUCAAAGAGAUUAUUUCUCCAGAGAUUCUGAAGAGCUCAAAGACCUCGCAUGCGCACAAGCAGGAAAACUUGUACGAUUUGCGUGUGCUGUCAGAGCUUGAGACAAGGCACAUAGCUGCAGGAGAGGCAAAGAAGGUGGCGCAGUGGCUCUCUACUCUGAAGAGCAUCAAGCAGAUGGCACUUAAGUCUGUGCAGUCUCAGAAGGACCAGAUUGCAAAUCAGCAGAGAAUUUUCAUUGCAGUGAAUGCGAUACACGACAAGCACAAGAAAGAAGAAGAGAAGGCAAAAAGAAAGGCAGAAAAAGCAAGAAUCCAGGCACUGAAAUCAAAUGACGAGCAGGAGUACUUGAAGCUGCUCAAGCAGGAGAAGAACACGCGGCUAACCCACAUCCUGCAGAAGACAGAUGAAUACAUUGAUGUUCUAAAGAAGAGAAUAAAGCUGCAGCAAGGCUCAUCAGGCGAGAAGCCGCAAGAAGAUAACAUGGAUUACUUUGAGGCAGCGCACUCUUCAAAGGAGCUCAUCAAGGAGCAACCUCGCUCUGUUUCGUACGGUCUUCUGCGGGAGUAUCAGCUGAAGGGAGUUGAGUGGAUGGUCAGCCUCUACAACAACAAUCUGAAUGGGAUCCUUGCAGAUGAAAUGGGAUUAGGGAAAACAGUGCAGGCAAUUGUGUUCAUCUGCUACAUCCUGGAGAAGAAGCAGGAGACAGACCCGUUCCUGGUUAUUGUGCCUCUGUCCACGUUCUCUAACUGGCAGUCUGAGUUUAGUCGGUGGGCCCCGUCAAUUCGCGUGCUGUCGUACAAGGGCGACCCAACCCACAGGAAAGACCUCAAGAAGGAAACAUCAGAGGGAAAGUACGAUGUGCUUCUAACCACCUUUGAGUACAUAAUUAAGGACAAGAACUUCCUGUCUAAGACAAAUUGGCUUUACACAAUAGUAGAUGAGGGACACAGAAUGAAGAACAGUGGGUCUCGUCUGUGUGUGGUGAUGAACACGUAUUAUAAGUCCAGGUACCGACUGCUUCUUACAGGAACGCCCUUGCAGAACAGUCUGCCUGAGUUGUGGUCUCUGCUGAACUUCGUGCUUCCCAAGAUCUUCUGCAGUGGUGGAAGCUUUGACGAGUGGUUUAAUGCGCCUUUAAUGCACGUGGGGGAGAAGAUCGAGUUGAAUGAGGAAGAGGAGCUUCUUAUCAUUAAGCGACUGCACAAGGUGCUGAGACCAUUCCUUCUGCGGAGAUUGAAAAAAGACGUUGAGGCAGGCCUACCUGAUAAAGUGGAAACAAUUAUUAAGUGCGGGAUGUCGCACCUCCAAAGAUCUCUCUACAAUGAAGUUAGAAGCACGACUUUGAAGAAAAAUGACUCUGUCAAAAAGCUCAACAAUACGAUUAUGCAGCUGAGAAAGAUAUGUAAUCAUCCAUUUGUCUUUGAUGCAGUAGAGGACUUUGUGAAUCCUUUGAAGAUUAACAACGAGCUGCUGUAUAAGGUAAGUGGGAAGUUUGAGCUUCUCAGGCGGAUGCUGUACAAACUCCGGGCAACAGGACACAAAGUCCUAAUGUUCUUCCAGAUGACACAGAUCAUGACGAUCAUGGAGGACAUGCUGGUGAUGGAAGGAUUUAAAUACUUGCGUCUUGAUGGAGCUGUAAAGAGCGAAGAGCGUGCAUCUUUGAUCUCGUCCUUCAAUGACCCAACCUCUGGGUACCCCGUGUUUCUUCUGAGCACGCGCGCAGGAGGACUUGGCUUGAACCUGCAGAUUGCAGACACAGUCAUCAUAUUCGACAGUGACUGGAACCCGCAUGCAGACCAGCAGGCGCAGGACCGUGCGCACAGAAUUGGGCAGACCAAAGAGGUGCGCAUAUACAGGCUGAUCACUGCAGACACCGUUGAGGAGUACAUUCUGGAAAAGGCAAACCACAAGCUGCAUGUGGAUGAGAAGAUCAUUCAGGCAGGAAGAUUUGACAACAGAACCACGCACGAAGAAAGAGAGGCUCUUUUGAGGAACAUAUUUGAAGAGAAUGUAGAGGGCGAUGACACGUGCGUGGUGGCCACAGAUGAAGAGCUAAACAAGAUGCUUGCAAGAAGCGAGGCAGAGAUGGUAGAGUUCAAGAAGAUCGAUGAGUCAAAUGUGCUUGGCCCUUUCAAUUUGUACACGGGCCCAGUGCCUUCGCUUAUUGGAAACCAGAAAGAGGUUCGAGAGCAGGAAGAGUACACAGGAAAAAGAAAGACGUCUUUCCUCUCCUCCAAAUUUCACAAGAAAGACGGGCUGGUGUCUGCAUGCACAGGCAUCCUGAAUGGACUGAUUAAGAGCACAGUGGGAGGAAGAAAGAGAAUUGAACUAUUUUUGGAGCUGCCUGACCCGAAUAUGUACCCAGACUACUACCAGAUAAUACAGUACCCAAUUUCAAUAUCAGAAAUUCGCGAGAAUUUAGAGGCGUAUGAGAACAUGGAAGAGUUUGAAGCAGAUGUAAGAAGAAUGUUUAACAAUGCUAUGAUCUACAAUGCAGAGGGCAGCAUAAUAUAUCAUGACGCAGAGUAUCUUUUGCAGAUAUUUGAAACCCUCAUUGAUGAGUCAUGA